AUGAAUGCAGGUAGUAUAAAGGUUACCCUUGUACAGCGACAGUUACGAGAAGACUGGAAUAAUCGUGAGUACGCGCAAGUGGUUUCUGAUAAUAUCCGUCAUAUCGUGGAUUUUCUUUGUCACUUUGAACUCUCUUGUCGGAGCAGAAUCGCAACACUUAGUGAUAAGAUAUCACUGCUGGAACGAAAAGUUGAAUUUCUUGAAGCCAGAGUGAGUUCUUACUUUGCAUUUUAUGGCCACUUGCAUAGCAAUGACUGCCUCAUUCCAUUUUUGUCUAAAUCUUUAACUUUAUCAUGA